AUGGCAGACGACAGCCCGGGACGGACGGACAACCCCGGGACGGCGGGACAGCCCGGGCGGGACGGACGGGAUGCCAUUCAAGGUGUGGCUGGACCAGCGGGACCUGUCGGCUUACAGGGUCCACCCGGGGACAAGGGAGACACAGGACCGCCGGGAAGAGACGGGGAGCCAGGCGCAGGAGGAAGUGUGUACAUCCGAUGGGGGAGGAAGACUUGUGCUGAUAACGGCGGAGCAGAGUUGGUGUACUCGGGUGUUGCGGGAGGCACACAUUACAACGAACCAGGCGGCGGGACCAACUACCAGUGUCUGCCGACCGACCCACAGUGGGGACGGUACCAAGAUGGAGUCCAAGGGGCCAAGGCUUACAUAUACGGCGCAGAGUACCAGUUGCACUCUAACGUCCCGUUCGGCUCCACCCUUCUUGAUGACAACGUCCCGUGUGCGGUCUGCUACGUCCCAACCCGCGGCAGUAAGUUAAUGAUCCCCGCCCGUAACACCUGUUAUAGCGGCUGGACACGCGAGUACCAUGGCUACCUCAUGGCUGAAAAAUUUGACCACCCCGGGUCUAAAGAGUACGUCUGUGUGGAUGAACAGCCAGAAGUGAUACAAGGCGGACAGGCAGACCAGAACGGAGCACUGUUCUACCCCGUGGAAGCCCGCUGUGGUUCCCUGCCGUGUCCCAACUACGUGGACGGGAGGGAACUCACCUGUGUCGUCUGCACGAAGUAAACCAUUGUUACUGUACUUAGCGUAGUGAGUAUUCUUUGUACAAUGAAGGUCUUUAUCUCACUAAUGACACGUCCAUUCUGUGAAUUAGUGUCAUUAUUGUCGUUCCUAUAGCUAGAAAGGAAAUCUUCGCAUCAUUUUAUUUGGACUGUCCGUCCUUGUCAGCCUAAAUACACUUCAUUGGCUGUGGCGGUUAUCAAGUUAUCUUCCUUCUGGGAAAGGAUUGGCGUGAUUGUGUACUUGCCCUUAUGUUGAUAGAGGAUAUUACAAGAGAGACUUUGACAUCGAUGAGAAUAAAAAGUACGACUUUGUGUAGACUUUAUGAGGAAUGUCAAAUAUCGUGUUGUUGUGUUGGUGAAGGUUAAUCAUCCAGGAUAUAAAGAUAAAUUGAUAAAGCCGUUGAAUCCUUUCUAA